GAUUUAAUUAAAGGUCAAACAACGGCGCUCUCUGUGCACUUUUAACUUUUCCCGCUGCUGUUAGGAAUUAGGAUUUGCCAGUCUUGGACACGAGAACCCUGCCAAAACCCUAGCCACUAAAAUGCCUAGCUUCGCGUCCGAUCCGGGCGACGGCGCGUCAGAUUCAAUGAAUGGAGCCUUGGUCCCUUUAACCGAGGAGUCCCGGGACCCCGUGGUGUAUCCUCUCCGGCACGGCCUCAAGCCGCCAAUCUCCCGCCUCUCCAUCUCGUGGUCCCGUGGCAACACACUCCGCGUCUCCGUCCUCCGGCCACCUUCAUCUGGAGGAGAAGUCUCUGACGGAGAACCUGGGGGAAAGGUAGUGGAGGUGAGACUUGGCAGCGGCGGCGAUCCACAGAUCAGCGAGGCUGAGUGGCGGAGAAUUGCGUACGGCUCCGUGUCUCCGUUUGCGCUUCUCCAGAGCCGCAAGAACUCUGCCGCGAGCUUGUCAAGAAUGCAGUUGAGUCCGUCGCCGUAUCAUCUUGACUGGUGGGAGUAUGUGAUGGAGUACAGCAAAGAUAUCAGUUCACUUCUGGGGAAACCAAUGUCAGGUUCUGGUCCCGUGAUCGAAGAUCCGAAGCAAGUGUUGAAGAAGGCAGAAGAACCAAACACUUUGAAGGCAGCCUGGGAGCUGUUGGAGAUGUUUUAUGUGGACAAGCUGUCUCAGUCAUGGCUGCCGGAGCGCCUUGUCGACUGGUUAGCUGAUUAUGAUUGCCUUCUGUGCACAACACAGGCCACUGUGCAUUCUAAACUUGUGGAAUUUCAGAAAGAACUCGUCAGCUUACAGGUCAUAGAGGAGAAUCCCAGAUAUUGGGCAGUGAUGUCGUCAGCACUAGCUGUUGGUUGGCUAGAUAUUGUGGUCAAAUUAUUACGCUUGCAUGGGUCGUAUCAGCUGGACCAUCUUGACAGUAGAGAGACAGAAAAUGGCCUUGUAGAGGCAGUUGCUGUCCUUCUUUCAAAGAUGCCACGCAUGCGCCCGGGAUUGGAAGCUGGGAAAUUGGGUGAAUGCUACAAAGCUAAGCCUGAUUUUAUUAAGGCAUGGGAGAAAUGGAGGGCACAAAUAACAAAGCUUGACUGCAGUGCCUUUUGGCUUCAGUGUGAUCACCGCCAAACUCGUGAGGGAUUGAAAAAUAUGCUGCAAAUUAUGCUGGGAAACACUAAUAGUCUUUGCAGUUCGACAUUUCAUUGGGUGGAGCUGUACAUAUCUCACUUUUUGUAUGUCAGGCCCUUCACUGUUGGUUUGGAAAGUAUGUAUAACCUAGCCCAGAAGUGCAUUCAGCUGAAACCAAUGAUGAGUCCCCAAAAGUUGAUGAGGCUCAUAAUUGCAAUUCUUGGAGAAAAUGCUGAGGUUGUAUUUGCGGAAUGUUCAAAAGGUUUUGGGCCUUGGAUGGUGGCCCAUGCCGUAGAGUUAUUGACAUCUGGCAGCGAUGAAGCUGAAAAUCUUUUACAUGAAGAGCAUCAUAACUUGGGGGAUAUCAGUAUAGAGGAGCUCCAUCGACUUGUUUAUGCUCAAGCUCUGUCUUCUCAUGUAUUGACUUGGCAAAUUGCUCCCAUUUAUUUGGCAUCGUGCAUGAAGCAGGGAAUAGGAUUGUUGGAGAUACUAUUGUACAGGCAACCUUUUCAGCAUAAUCAGUUACUGCUGAAGAAUGUAGAGAUUUGCCGCCUGUAUGAACUUGACAGUGUUAGUUCAAACAUUAUGAAGGUUGCUGGAAUGCACCACUGGAAGCAUGGUAGGAAAGGCGCUGGAGUUUUUUGGCUUCAGCAGGCUCAGGAUGAAGUCCGACUUAACAGGAUUGCUCAGCAGUUGUUUGAUUCUGUUGGAAAGUCUAUAUCUGAUGAGAGUUUUAAGCAAUGGGAAGGUUUAAUUGAAUUGUUGGGUUCUGACUCUAAUACUGCUGGUGGCCUCGAGUUUCUCCACAAGUACAGGGAUUUCAAGAAGUCCCUUCAGCAGAUUUCUGGUGGAAAAGCUAUAGAUGCAGCCCACCAAGCCGUGGAGUUGCUUAUAUCGCUUAUGAAAAACCCUUCUACACCUCAAAGGUUCUGGCUGCCUCUUCUGUAUGAUUCGUUGAAAUUGCUCAACUGGCAGGGGCGUCCUCUGUUAAAUGUCUCUCAGACGAAUCUUUUGCUGUGUAAAUUGCAAGAGUUGUCAAUGGCAAGAUUGCGCCCAGAUUUUGUUGAAGCUGACUUGCCGUCCCAAGCGUUGAAUUCUGUUAGACUAGCACUUGCCACAAACCUUGGACGUGCAAUUCUGGAGGAAUAAUACCACAAAUUUCUUCUUAAGAAUGGUGUCGUCGGUAUGAUCCUCGUUAUUGUUUUCCUCUACCCCAUGCAGGAAGCCAGAUGGCGCCACAUUCUUCAAAAGUUCCAAGGUAUGUCGGGUAGUAUGACUUGAGUUUUACGAAAAGUUUCACAGAAAUUGUUUGUUGUGCGCUAUGAAAUUCACUCAGAAUGUAAUGAUAGAUUAGAAGCACCAAAUGCGUGUAAUGAAUGAGAUUGUAGUCUGUAAAUAUGUUUUGAUAUUUCUUUUUUCUAU